GAUAGGCACGGAACAGCAGCACAAUGUGUCGUGCCGGUAGCACGAAUGUCCCAGUACGGGCCACAUUUUAUUGAACCAAUCGUUAACCGGGAAAAAAUCGAAGAACUACAAACAACCGGUGAUCUGUCGAAAAUAUCCCACAUACCGGUAAAGGCAGCACUCAACAACCAGAACUGUUCCGUGUUUUACGAUCCGCUCGUAAGCCAGUUUACAAAUUAUGUAAUGAAACAGGGCAACAAACAACUUGCCCGUGAGCUGGUUGAGAAAGGGUUCGAAAACAUUAAACGACUACAGCUGGAACGCUAUCAUCUGUCGGAAUCGGAAGAGGAAAAGGCAAAGUUGGAACUAAAUCCAAGGAAACUGCUGCACCUGGCAGUGGAAAAUUGUCGCCCCCUGCUGCAGCUGACACCGAUCAAGCGUGGAGGAGUGCGGUACCAGGUACCGAUACCGAUUACCGAGAAACGGUCGUACUUUAUCGCGAUGAAGUGGUUGCUAGAAGCGAUCCGCGAGAAGGAACGGACGGUACACUUUCCGGAGAAGAUGGCAUGGGAAAUAUUGGAUGCGGCAGCGAAUCAGGGAAAGGUAGUAAAGCGGAAACACGAGUUGCAUCGGCAGUGUGAAGCUAAUCGUGCCUAUGCACAUUACCGUUGGAGCUAAGAA